GGCGGUUAGUCGCGAGCGACAACGAGGAAAAAGAGAGAGCCACGGCUGAAGAGCAAGGGGAAAAAAAGAGGGGGGAAAUGCUUUUAAAAAUAUAUAUAGGGCGUCGUGAUUCCUCCACAGUUGCAUAAAAUCUCUUUUUAUUUUCUCUUUUUUUAAGAAAAAGACUCGCCGCUUUCCCCGGAGAGGGUGUAUUUUUAUUUCACUCCCCCCCCCCCUCCAUGAUCACCUACAGAUUUUUUUCCCCCUUUCUCUUAAGAAAAGAUUCUGAUUUGCUCUUUGUUGAAAUGUGAUUAUAUUUAUUUUCCUUUUUUUUUUGAAAAGAAAAGCACAGUCAACCCGAUCUAAGCUGGUUGUUGUGUGAGGGUGGAAGUGGAGGUGGUGUUGGUGGUGGGAGAGGUGGUGUUCUUACGGGUGGGUGCUUCUUUUUUCCUUUCUUUUUCUUGUUUUUCUUUUUUUGGGGGGCGGGGGAUUGACGGGGAAAAAUAGGAUUAUAUUGAGACUGUAAAAUCAUGCAAGAGCCGGAGCGGAGGCGGCCGUCGCCGCCGUCUCUACCCGGCCGUGACCACGGAUCCUCCUCAUGGAAGAAACUUUCUCACAGAUUCGCUUGGGGAAAGGAGUUACCCGCCACGGUGCAUGUUGUGUAGGACGCGGGGGAAGGAAGUUUUGUGUGUCCAGGUGGUCUACUUUGCAUUCUAUUUCUUCAUGCACUGAUCACAUUCAUACAAUGUGUGAUAGUGUCUACUUUAACAGAGCUGCCUUUAUAAUGGUUGACUCCGGUUUAGCAGAACUAAUUUUAAACCGCACUCUUGAUCAGCUUUGAAAGUGCGCGACGUUCACUUGCAGUCUGUUGAUGCAAAGGAGGAAUAUAAUAUCAGCAACAUUUGGUCCCUGUUUGAAUAUCUGACUAUAAGAGGAAUUGAGACUGUACUGGAUUUGGUGCUGUACAUGAGGUUGCUACAAAAAUGAGUGCCAGAGGAAAGGCAUAUUUGAUGGACCUAGGGGGAAGCUUUACUGAAGAUGCACCGAGGCCACCGGUUCCAGGAGAGGAAGGUGAGCUGGCGACUACAGACAGUAGGCAAUUGAAUCACAGUUUCUACCCCAUAAAAACCGAAGGGCUUAAAAAUGAGGCAUCCACAGCAACCCCACGGAGGCCAGAUUUGGAUUUAGGUUAUGAACCUGAGGGUAGUGCUUCACCAACACCCCCAUACCUGAGAUGGGCAGAGUCCUUACACUCUUUACUGGAUGAUCAGGAUGGAAUAAAUUUAUUCAGAACUUUCUUGAAACAAGAAGACUGUGCUGACCUUUUGGAUUUUUGGUUUGCAUGCACUGGAUUUAGAAAACUGGAACCAAAUGAUUCUAAUGAAGAAAAGAGGCUAAAAUUGGCAAAAGCCAUAUAUAAAAAGUACAUUUUGGAUAAUAAUGGUAUUGUGUCCAGGCAGAUUAAACCAGCUACUAAAAGCUUCAUAAAGGAUUGUGUUAUGAAGCAACAGAUAGAUCCUGUAAUGUUUGACCAGGCCCAAACUGAAAUUCAGACAAUGAUGGAGGAGAACACCUACCCUGUAUUCCUGAAGUCUGAUAUUUAUUUGGAAUAUACCAGGACAGGUGGAGAAAGCCCAAAGUUGUACAGUGAUCAGAGCUCAGGGUCUGGGACAGGAAAGGCAUUAUUGGGAUAUUUACCUACUUUGAAUGAAGAUGAGGAAUGGAAAUGUGACCAAGACACAGAUGAACAAAAAGGGAGAGAUUUGGCCACUGUAAAUAGGCUUACACAGAAACUGCUUAUGGAAACAGCCCCACAACGUGCUGGUCCAACCAGGAGAUUUGAUGAAGGUCGGGAGUGCAGACAUGGGUCAUGGCGGGAACCUGUGAACCCUUACUAUGUCAACACAGGGUAUGCUUUGGCACCAGCAACGAGCGCUAAUGACAGUGAGCAGCAGAGUAUGUCAAGUGAUGCCGAUACCAUGUCACUGACAGAUAGUAGUGUAGAUGGAAUUCCACCAUAUAGAAUCCGAAAACAACAUCGGCGGGAGAUGCAUGAAAGUGCCAAAGCAAAUGGGCGAGUGCCUCUACCUCACAUUCCUCGCACGUAUCGGAUGCCAAAGGAUAUCCACGUUGAACCAGAGAAGUUUGCUGCGGAACUCAUCAGUCGCCUGGAAAGUGUACUGCGAGAACGAGAGGCGGAGGAAAAGCUGGAAGAACGGCUAAAACGCGUAAGAGCGGAGGAGGAAGGUGAGGAUGCAGAUGUUUCAUCAGGUCCGUCUGUAGUUAGUCACAAACUGCCACCUGCCCAGGCUAUGCACCACUUUAACUCUCGUUAUUCUGAGAUGGGCUGUGGCGGAUUGCAAGUGCGUGAUGCUCAUGAAGAGAAUCCAGAAUCCAUUCUUGAUGAACAUGUCCAGCGAGUGAUGAAGACUCCAGGUUGCCAGUCUCCAGGACCUGGAAGGCACUCUCCAAAGUCCCGAUCUCCUGAUGGUUUAUCCAGUGGGAAGGCUACAAGUUUAAUAGGAACGGUGCUACCUUCAGGACAUAAACAUGUGUCCAAGACUGGUGUGAAAGUAGAGGCUCCAAACAUGUACCAUCACAAACAUGUUUACCACAUCCACCAUCACAAUGGGAUGAAACCAAAAGAACAAAUUGAAGCAGAAGCCACACAAAGAGUCCAGAGUAACUUCUGGAAUUCUGAUUCACACCACUAUGCAACAAAAUCAAGAAACUAUUCUGAAAGCAUGGGCAUGGCACCUAAUUCAGUGGAGUCUUUGAAUUAUGGUGGUAAAGUCAACACACUGUCGAGACGAAAUACUAAAAAGACUGAACCAGGAAAGGCAGACGCUGUGAGUUAUGAAACCCCUGCUCCUCCGGAGGACAUGGAGCGGAAUCAGAAGAUUAUGCAAUGGAUAAUUGAAGGAGAGAAGGAAAUUCACAGGCACAAAAAGGCUCCACAUAAUUUGAUCGGGGCUAAGAAACAACCUAGUCAUGAUACUAGACCAAGUUCAAUUGAAAGGCCAGGAGCUGUUCACCCAUGGGUCAGUGCACAACUGCGAAAUCCUGUCCAACCGUCACACCCAUUCAUUCAGGAUCCAACCAUGCCACCCAAUCCAGCACCGAACCCUCUGACUCAACUGGAAGAAGCACGCAGACGGCUCGAAGAAGAGGAAAAGAAGAGUGGCAAGCUACAGUCCAAGCAAAGGUAUGUGCAAGAGGUUAUCCAACGGGGUCGCACUUCUAUCAGGCCUGCAUGCAUUCCGGUGCUGAAUGUGGUACCAGCCGUCUCCGACAUGGAUCUCUCUGAGUCAGAGCAUAAACCUCAAAAGAAGUCAGCAAAUGGUGUAUCCCAGCCUGGUGAUAACAUUGUGGUGGCAUACUACUUCUGUGGGGAGCCAAUUCCAUACAGGACAUCCGUUAAAGGACGCGUGGUCACAUUGGGACAGUUCAAGGAACUGUUGACUAAGAAAGGGAAUUACAGGUAUUAUUUCAAGAAAGUAAGUGACGAGUUUGAUUGUGGGGUGGUAUUUGAAGAGGUGCGUGAUGAGGAAGCAAUUCUGCCAAUUUUUGAAGAGAAAAUUAUUGGAAAGGUGGAAAAAAUUGACUAAAUGCAAGAUGGCCAUGAAGAGGAGUCUGUUAUGGUACAAGAGAAGUUUCAGCUGCUUGGAGUACUUCAAAUUACUUUACCGGGGGUCACGGUUGUUAACUGUGGAAAUGCAUCAUGCUGACAUUAUAAAGGCUUCCAACUCUCCACAGGGAUAUUUUGCAACUGCUCAUUACAGCAGAAAAAAUGGUGCUUUCAACACCAAGGUCUGCCAUGGCAGUCCUUUGAUGGGAAUGUUUGCAGCAUUAUCUUCUCUUUAUCAGUAUAUUUCAAACACUAAGUGUAAUGUAGCAUUGUAAAAUUGUAUUAGAAAUUGUAAUAUGAAACUGUUUACUAAAGCUGCAUAUUUUUGAUAUAAUGUAAUCUGAGGAAAAUAGCAUUUUUAAUGUAACAGUGCUCUUAUGUUAUUUUAAAACAUACAUACAGGUACUUGAGCUCACCAAAUGUGUACAGCCAUCUGUAAUAAUAGGUAUUUGGUCCAUAUUUCAAACCAUUUAUAAUUGUUUCUCCAUUUUAGAUUGGAUGAUUAUCACUGAUUCUGUUGUCUUAUCAGGACAAAAUGUCUAUCAAGAAAGUUUACAUAGGCCACCCUUGCAAAUACUGCUGUAUAGGCCUUUUCAUAUGAAAAUGUUGCACAAUUUAGUUAAACCCAACAUAGUGGGAUUAUGUAUGUUGAAAGUGAUUGACCGGUAUCAAUUCCCCACCCACUACCAAUGAUUUGUUGGUACCUAGCACUUAUUACGGUGAUGCUGCUUUCCAGUUUCUGCACAUUAUGGCACACAGAUCUGGUUUGAAAAUAGGACCUCUUAAAUCCUAGCUACUAAGUCCCAAGUGAUAGGAAAAUCUGGCUUGGAAUGCCAUUUCACAAUAUUACAUAUUGUGCUGCUGCUGUUGAAGCUGAUGGAACACUGUGCCUAUAUUGCAAUGGAUUGAUUUGCUAACCUUAGCACCUUCCAAGUCUUGGGUAAUAACUUUGUCAAUCAUCAACUUAGAAUCAGAUUCAAACUCUAAAAUUGGAAUAUCUUACACUUAACAAUUCUCAAAACUUAUCCAGCAUGAAACUGAUAUUGCAAAAGUCAACAACACUGUAAUUUUUUAGUUUGAAACUAUCAUUCAUGUUAGUGUUAAGCAUGCAACUUGCAAUGUAAAUGAUAUGCUGCUUUUCCAUUGCCAAGCUAAUACAGGUGCAUACAGAGUUUAAAUUUAAUCAAUAUUUGUACACUAUUCAGUUCAAAAUAUCCAGGUAAAGAAGUUUCAACUUGUUCCAUAAAAGGCACCAGUUUUUUUGUUUAAUUUGAAGCAGAUCCAAAUACAUAUUUGUUUUCCUGCAAACUGUAAUUUUGUUUUAUAUUGACCUCAGUUUAGUGGUCCUAGAAUUGUUUUUGGAGAAAUCAUGAAUUUUAAGUAUUUUUCAAGGUUAGGUGGGGGUCUGAAUAUAAAGCCAUUCUCAUCGCAAAUGACCACUCAGCUUAUUCUUCAUGAAGUACAUAAUUUCUUACAGCUAGCUCAAUAAAUCAUAAAUAACCCACACCCAGAAUGUCUUUGUCUUUGCAAACUUUGAACUGGAAACAUCCUUUAAAUUAUAUGGGUUCAGUAGUACUGAAGUGUUGCUAAUCUGUUGCAGGACUAAAAUUGCCCUCAGCCAACUUUUAAAAUACUGUCCUUGGCAACAAAAACAAAUCUUCUACUGGCCAAACUAUUCAUUCUAAAUGCUCUAACCACUAGCAUUUUAUAACAUUUGGUAUUUGAGCAUUUUUUCCUCAAAUAAAUCAAUUUGUUACAGUUAUUGGUAUCCAGCUUCAAUUUUAAUGGCGUAUUAAAUACAGCCUUUUUAAAAAAAAAUUAGUAAAUUCACUUCCUGAGGCAAACAUUGUCAUGGGGGAGAAAAGGCCUAUACAGUAAAAGUUACUGUUAAUGACUUUAGUCAGGAUAUUCAAGCUGGGAAUUGUUGGAGAAAAAUUGUAUCUUCAUCUGUCAAAUUUCAUUGUGUGCUGGUUUAUUUAUAUCAGGUGUCCUUGCUCUUACUUUCAUAACUGUCAAAAGGGCAUUGAUUCUGGUUUUAAAACUUGACACUGCAAGUUGGGCUUUCAUUACUCUGCCAGUUUAUUAACAAUGUAAACAAUCAAACUGUCAUGCUGCUGCUCCCUCACCGCCCACCCACCCACCAUUCUGAUGGCAUUGUUCCCCCACACAGUUUCAUUUACUGCCAUUUGGCUGCCUAAUUGUGUAGAACUGGGUUCAAAACUAAUGACGGGUCUUCAGUCUGUUAUACAGAAAGAAUAAUUAGUUACAAAUUUUCCCAAAAUCCGGCAGUCAAAGGAACAGCCUACCAUGUUUCAGAAAGGUAUUGUGUAAAUAAGAGUACAUCACAGAGUGCCUUUUAUAUUCAAUGCUGUUACCUGUCUGAUGCUAUGUGACCCCCAUGACUGAGGGUUAGCUCUCCUCAUCCAGGGAUCUGCAGUAUGGUUUCUCCUCCUGCAUUUGAUGUCCAGCAGGAUUUUAUGUGGCCCUGCAAUCACGGGUUUUGCAUUUCCCUUUUUUCUAAGGGUUUCCAUUGUAAAUAUGUACAUUUUCUAAAGAUGAUGUUUUCAAGUAGCAGCACGUCAAAAGAUUUAGUUACCUGGUUUCAGUCAUCUUUCAGUGUGCUGACUUGUACAAUUAUCUUUUAAAAGGUACUUGGACAAUAAAAGGAAAAAAGUGAAUUCUG